AUGUUCUGUAAUGGUGCCACUAGGUUAGAAGGCAAUCCCGUAUGCUCAAAAGUCAAAGAUACGUACUGUUCAAAUAAGAAGAGCACCAAAUCUACCAUGGUCAUCGCAGUGAUAGUUCCUGUAGUACUUGUAUCCCUCCUAGUAGUGAUGUGCAUACUCUGGAAAUUGUGCUGGAAAGGGAUGUCAGGAGACACUGAGGAUUAUGCUAUGUAUGAAGAGGAGACGCCCCUACAUAUUGACAUCAGACGGUUCACCUACGCAGAGCUAAAGCACAUAACAAACGACUUCAAUUCAAUAGUUGGAAAAGGAGGUUUUGGUACUGUUUAUCAUGGCACAAUGGAAAAUGCUGAUGAAGUGGUGGUAAAGGUGCUUAUGGAGACAUCAAUAGCGGAGUCAACGGAUUUCCUCCCUGAGGUGCAAACCUUGUCCAAAGUUCAUCACAAGAAUCUCGUAACUCUACAAGGAUAUUGCCAGAACAAGUGCCUAGCCCUCAUUUAUGACUUCAUGCCCAGAGGAAAUCUUCAACAGCUUUUAAGAGAAGGAGAAGACUACAGUUUGAAUUGGGAACAGCGACUUCAUAUUGCACUUGAUUCUGCACAAGGACUGGAAUAUCUACACGAGUCAUGCACCCCAUCAAUAGUUCACAGAGAUGUCAAGACCGCUAACAUCCUUCUGGACAAGAACCUGGUGGGGAUCAUAGCUGAUUUUGGGCUUUCACGGGCUUUUAACGAUGCGCACACACACAUAUCUACUGUUGCUGCUGGCACUCUUGGCUACCUUGACCCCGAGUACCAUGCAACUUUCCAGCUCACCACCAAGACAGAUGUUUACAGCUUCGGCAUCGUGCUCUUGGAAAUCAUCACUGGCAAGCCCCCGGUGUUGAUGGACCCUCAAACCUACCACCUACCAAAUUGGGUACGCCAAAAGAUUGCCAAAGGCAGUAUCCAAGAUAUCGUGGACAAGAAGCUGUUGGAUCAGUAUGACACCAGUUCCCUGCAGAGUGUGGUGGACCUUGCCAUGAACUGCGUCGAAAGCGCAGCCAUGGACCGUCCUACCAUGACCGAAGUUGUUUCAAGGCUAAAAGUGUUGCUGCCAACGGUUCCAAGUGAAAAGCAGUAUGCUUCUGCGUCCUCUCGAUGUACGAACUCCAUGGAUGCUGAAAUGCGAAGGCAGUUCCAGUUGCUGAUUUCUGAAGAAAGGAACGAGGAGAGCUCCUUCCGGUCUGGUUAUACCGGUGGGAUGCCAGAAUUAAACCCUCUAUCUGGACGUUGA